AUGCCCAGUGGGGCUCCGUUGCUUCGGGCCCCGCACUUCACGUACGACACCCCAGCCACGUUCACACGUGCGGCGCUACCAACGUACAAUGAGGUUUCCGUUGCCGACCGUGUCGUCAAGGUGUGUGCAUGGACAGACAACUCCGCCGACUUCGUCUACGGCGACGGCACAGUGCUCUCCUUUUGCGACGAGAUGCAGACGUUUGUUGCUAUCACAUCCGCCACAAACACCGUGCUAAAGCCUUGUGGCUCUAGUGGUCAUACAAAUAGCGAUAAUGCAGAUAGCAACGAGGGUGACUACUUUUUUACAUCCCUCACGCUUUCCAAGUAUGAGAAUAAAGUCAAGGAGGCCCUCCACAUCUACAACUACUACUCCCCUCGGCCUCGCAUCAUAGCCGGCCUCACAGCAGUCCCGUGUGAAGUGUGGCGUCAGCAUAGUCCAAUCGAUUCGCUCGUUAUUGCAGAAGACCGCAGCCUUUUUGAGCGCCAUGGAUUGCGUGCCACGUUGUGGUGUGCGUUGCGCCGCAUCUCCCUGUCACUUCACGGCGGGCGGGCGACCUUUUCCGUGCGCUGGCCCGCACCAGCGGUAGAGCGCAACGGUGCACGCUCUAUCUUUGUUCGCCCCGUGGACGAGAACGGCUACGUGACAGGAACACUUGAGAGCCUGCGUGCUUUUCAUUACGUCUGGGUGGAGCAGACGUUCCCCGUGCUGGACCCACCGGAAGAAUGGGCGGAAAUGUUGGCGGUUGCAGUGCGGCUCGACGCGGAGAUCCCACUAAACGGCGCCGUUGGGUCUGAUAGCAUCGUCUCUGCUACACAGAAGCAGGACGGAGAGGAGCGUCCCACGUUGUAUCGCACGACGCCUCGCACUGCGCAGGAUCGACAGCCCUGUCGGUUUUCAAAAAUAAAGCGGGAACACGUCCACGCUCUCAUCGCCACUUCGCAGAUGCAGAAUGCAACCUGUAAUCGUCUUAUACGAGACCCAAGUGAGCGUGUUGUGUGGCGCUACGACGCAGAUCCCAUGGGACGAGUGCCGCACGCUGUCUAUUGGGGUUUGCACCCAGAUAGGAUAGACACAGUCUCUCAUCUACCAUCACCGGGUAACUCCAAGAGCAACAACAGUAGUAAUGCUGAUGCCAUUCUAGGAUGUUGUAUACCUCGUUGCACGAUUGGCUCUGUGCUGGCGAUGGUGCGCGAGGACGAGAGUGUCGUUGUUGCCGCGCCGCAGUGCAACAGUUACGUCAUUCACCACUUGCGCCGCGAUGGGACGCACAACGCGUACCACCAGGGCCCUGACGGUGAGCUUGGCCUCCCACCAGUCAUUCCCCAGCGCCCACAUGACAAGAAUGCUGGUGAGGAUGAACAACGCGAUGGUGGCUGCAACGAGACGACCUCCACUGAAGGUGAAUUGUCAUCAAUGACGGCGCGUGAGCGCACGGAUGGAAUGGUCACCUCCCGAAUUGGCGCCACCUCAUCACUGUACAUUAGCGGCGUCCUUGAAGAAGCGCCGUUCUCUGCUCUCCACCGUGGUCGCUAUCUCCCAGACGUGGGUGCCUCGUGCAUUCAACUUUCCCAGCUGAAUCUCGCAUCCCUGCGCGCACAGCAGCAAGAAGCGCUCGGUGGUAUUGCAACUGUUGCGGCAGGCGUUCAGACAAUUGGUGUACCGGGUCUUGGUGGUGGUGAAUCGUCUCUUGGCGUUCCUGGAGAAGGGGCAUCAGUAACAGUAGAAGUUGCAGCCACAGCAGCGGCUGCGGUGGACCGAACUCGGAUGCGUAUUGUUUCGAAUGAUCCCGCCCUCGCAGUGGCGGCAGCGGAGGGGAAUGUGGUGUACUUGACAAGCGCCAUCAACGGAGUUGGGACCUUUGCGGCACUGACGAACGGUACUAUACGAUGCCACUUUGACGACCGCACAAUUCUGUUCCUCAUCCCUGCAGCCGAUGAUAGAGAGGAGAACUUAGUGGCCACAUGCCUCUUCCGCGACGCCACACAGUGCUCAAUGCGGCUGGUGAAGUGCCUCCCACAUCACCCAAUGUACCGCUACGUUGCCCACGCACUGCAGUUCCGCCGCUUCGCUCGCCUUUCCCCAGAGGCGCGGACCGCUGUUGUGGAGGACACUGCCGCGCUGAAGCUGCAGUUGCUCGAAGACACGGAGUGGCGCCGCGAGAGCGAGGCCGAGCGAGAGCUGCAUCAAUUGCUGAGUCGCACAGAAGCCCUUCUCUCAGGCAAUGACGAGCUUGGGCGCGUGAAUCGGUCUCUACUCCACAACGGGAAUGAUGACCCCUCUGCCUAUUUUUCUGGAAACCCCUAA